AUUUUAGGCCCAUUCGUGAAGGAAGAAAAUAAAUAAGCCCAUAUAGCGGAGGAAGUAAGAAAACCCUAAAAUAGAGUUGGUGGUAUAAAAACCCUAGAAUCAGUAUUUUAGUAUCCUCUUUAUGUACAAGGUCGGCGGUUCCAGCACCACAACGCCGGACGACAAUGGGUAUUGAUCUGAUCGCCGGAGGUAAGAGCAAGAAGACCAAAAGGACAGCUCCAAAGUCUGAUGAUGUCUACCUCAAGCUUACUGUCAAGCUUUACCGGUUUCUGGUAAGGAGAACUCAGAGCAAGUUCAAUGCUGUGAUAUUGAAGAGGCUUUUCAUGAGCAAAGUCAACAAAGCUCCUCUUUCUCUAUCUAGGCUUGUGGAGUUCAUGACUGGCAAGGAAGAUAAGAUUGCUGUCUUGGUUGGAACUGUUACUGAUGAUUUGAGGGUACACGAGAUUCCAGCAAUGAAAGUGACUGCCCUGAGAUUCACAGAGAGAGCAAGGGCUCGCAUUGAGAAAGCUGGAGGUGAAUGCUUAACCUUUGACCAGCUCGCUCUCAGAGCUCCAUUGGGCCAGAACACGGUUCUUCUUAGAGGACCUAAGAAUUCACGUGAAGCAGUGAAGCAUUUCGGACCUGCUCCUGGUGUGCCACACAGUCACUCCAAGCCAUAUGUGCGGGGCAAGGGAAGGAAGUUCGAGAAGGCCAGAGGAAGGAGGAAGAGUCGGGGAUUCAAGGUUUAAGAAAGUUGUUGCUGCCAUUGGACUUGAUUUUGGAGUAUUGUCGCUUCUUGGUUGCUUGUGUAAUCGGGUUUUUGUUAGAGAACUCUGCUUUUUCUUUGCUUUUCAGACAUGUUUCUAAGCUCGUUUUUACUGGAUUCAUCGUGUCGUUGUUACACUUUGAGCUUUACUAUGUUAAACGUAUUCAUAAUCUUUCGUUUAUA